AAAAAAUCCCAAAAAUUCUUUUCUUGAACUUCUUAAUGGCUCUUCAGGCUGCUUCUCUGCUUCCUUCUACUUUCUCCAUUUCCAAGGAGGGCAAAGCUAGUGCAACCUUGAAGAAUUCUAGUAUUUUUGGAGCUUCUCUUUCUGAUUAUACUAAAUCUGAUUUUGGUUCAUCUUCAUUUAAAGUUAAGAGCCAAAGAAGAUUGUCCAAUGGUGCUGUCGUAAGGGCAACGAUGGUUGCUUCUCCUGGUGUCACUACUAACUCUCCAUCAGGAAAAAAAACACUAAGAAAAGGUUGUGUAAUUGUCACUGGUGCCUCAUCAGGAUUAGGCUUAGCCACAGCAAAAGCUCUGUCUGAAACAGGGAAAUGGCAUGUUAUUAUGGCAUGUAGGGACUUUUUAAAAGCUGAGAAAGCAGCAAAAUCAGUUGGGAUGCCUAAGGAGAAUUACACCAUCAUGCAUUUGGACCUCGCCUCGCUUGACAGCGUACGCCAAUUUGUUGAUAACUUCAGGAGGUCGGGACGACCUCUCGAUGUGUUGGUUGCUAAUGCUGCUGUUUACCAACCAACUGCUAAAGCGCCUUCAUUUACUGCAGAAGGAUUUGAGCUUAGUGUUGGAACUAACCAUCUUGGACAUUUUCUUCUUUCGAGAUUGUUGCUUGAUGACUUGAAGCAAUCUGAUUAUCCUUCAAAGAGACUCAUCAUUGUUGGUUCAAUUACAGGGAACACAAAUACUCUGGCCGGAAAUGUACCUCCAAAAGCCAAUCUCGGCGACUUGAGGGGUAUGGCGGGAGGUUUAAACGGAAUUAACAGCUCAGCGAUGAUCGAUGGAGGUGACUUUGACGGUGCAAAAGCAUACAAAGACAGCAAGGUGUGCAACAUGCUUACGAUGCAGGAAUUCCAUCGUCGAUACCACGAGGAAACUGGCAUCACAUUUGCCUCUCUUUACCCUGGCUGCAUUGCCACAACAGGGCUAUUCAGAGAACAUAUCCCCUUGUUUAGGCUUCUUUUCCCACCAUUCCAGAAGUAUAUUACAAAGGGAUAUGUCUCUGAGACUGAAUCUGGAAAGAGACUUGCUCAGGUUGUGAGUGAUCCAAGCUUGACAAAAUCAGGUGUCUACUGGAGCUGGAACAAAGAUUCAGCUUCUUUCGAAAACCAGUUGUCCGAAGAAGCAAGUGAUGCAGAGAAAGCGCGUAAAGUGUGGGAAGUCAGUGAGAAACUCGUUGGUUUGGCUUAAAUUUUGGACUAACCUUAGUCAUCGUCGAAGAAAACAGGAAAAUGACUUCACGAGUGAGAGUUUGUACCGGAAUUUCUACGAUGUUGUAAAGAGAAGUGUUAUUGUAGUUAGGAUUGGAAAUAAAGAUCACUCACCUUGUUUUGUUUUGUGUUGAAAAAUGUCACUAAUUU